AUGUUCACAUCCUCACUAUUCCUCCGCCGGUUGUCCCCACGGACUUUCCCACCCCUCCGCCUCCCUCCUCCCAACCAGCACUGGGAGAGCGCCUAUGGGCUGCUGGCGGAGAAUACAUUCCCCCCCUCCGCCAUCUCGCUUCCCCCGGACGUCCCCCCCGCGCCCCACCUGGAGGACUGUGAGGCGCGCACAGCCUUCCGCCUGUCCACGGAGAGAUGGGGGGAGCGGGGGAGCCGCCCUACUGGGCUGUUCCCAACCCUGCCUGCGGGAACGUGCCCCAACCCCCCUGGCCCCAACCGCCCUGGGUACCCAUGUGCUAUCCGAGGCUCCGAUGCUGCCAACCUGGCAGCCACCCGGCAAGCACAAGCUGACAUAUGGCAACAGCAGUUCCUGCCUGGGCAGUGCAAGGGGCGGCGGGUGAUGGUGGUGGAGUGGCUGAGCAUGGGGUGGCACGGGAUAGGGUCGCAGCUGCACGUGAUGGGCGCUGUGCUGAAGCUGGGCCGCCGCGGUUCACUCGACUGCUACUUCUUUCGGUUUUCAUCCCAGGAGUGUGAGGAGAUCGCUCUCAAGGCACGUCAGGCCUGGAAGGCUGCUGAGGAGAGGAAGCAGCAGGCUGCUGCCGCGGAGAAGGAGAGGGAAGUAAGGGAGAGGGGAGAAAAAGAGAGGGAAGAGAAUGACAAGGGAGAGGAGCAAGCACCAGGAGGGGGAGGAGGCAGUGGUAAAGGAGGAGAGAGAGAUUCAAAGGAGAAAGGAGGGGAGAAAGUUAGAAACGGUGGUGGGAGGAGGCUUUUGCAAGCAGAAUUUAAGACUGGGGACGCUGAGGUCCCUCAUGCUGAUGUAGGUCACACGCAGGUGUCUCAUGCUGAUAAUACAACUGAUGGUGCUGAUGGGACUGGUGAUAAUAGCGAGGAGUCCAAAAGAGACGUGACAAACGAGGAUGUGAUUGUAGCGCAGCCGUGUGACGGUGUGGGGUGUCUGGGCUCGGAUGCUCUAGUGAUCUUCCCAGCAACGCCGGGGUUUGGAGUGGAUGGAGGGUCCAACUUCAUCUCCCAGCUAAACGCAUCCGCUGCAGACCUCUGGGGCAAGGCGUAUAUGAAGAGUCCUCUCCCCAACGAGGUGAUGGGGCGUAUGGGCGAGCACACCAAGUUCCUAAAAAAGGCGCACUGGUGGCGAGCCCAAGCAACGCGCUUCAUGCUGCGGUGGCCGUCGGCCUACCUGUGCCACAUCAUCAACCGCGAGCGCCACCACGUGUACGGCAUGCACGUGGCCAGGCAGGUCAUGGCGUCCCGCAUGGACCAGAAAAGCUUGCUGGCAGAGCCCCGAGGUUUGGAGAGCAACAAGCCUGCUGAGGAGGUGGGAGGGUUUGGGGGCAGAAGCAGGGUUCCUGAGGAGCGGCAGCUGCUGGGGUCUCAGGUGGAGCAAAGGAGCAUGCUGGAAGAAGCCGCGGGGAGCAGUAAGUUCUUCGAGGAAUUGGGGGGGGUUGGGGGCAGAGGCAGGCUUGCUGAAGAGCGGCAGCUGCUGGGGUCUCGCUUAGGGAGUGCCACUGCUGCUGCUAACAGCAGCAGAAGCAGCAGCAGCAGCAGCAGCAGCAGCAGAGCAUUAGGAGAUGUGGAAGGGGAGCGGUAUGGCUGGGAUCCUUAUCUUGCGAACUAUGAGGGGUUGGGACGAAAGCCGUAUGUCCCGCGGCCGAUAGUGAGCGUGCAUGUGCGGCAGGGCGACAAGUCGUUUGAAAUGCGGCUCUUCUCCUUCUAUUCCCUCAUGUUCAUGGCUAAUCGGGUGCGGCGGGCAUUUCCCGCCGUGCGAUACGUGUGGCUCAGCACUGAGAUGCAGCCGACGGCCAUGAUUCCUCCGGCGGCCAUGGAUCCGGAGAUGGUUCGGCUGGCACAGGAGCAGAUGAGCCGCAUGUCGCCUCAAGACAUUCAACGCAUGCAGCAGAUGAUGACCCCAGACAUGAUUCGGCUGGCAACGGAACAGAUGGGGCGAAUGACACCGGAGGACAUGCGGCGGGCAGCCGAGCAGAUGAAGCACCUCAGCCCCCAGCAGAUCGCCUCCGCCAUGGGCUCUGCCGGUUCUGCUGGCGGGGGGAUCCCAGGGGCAGCGGCCGGAGGAGGGGGAGGAGGGGGAGGGGGAGUGGGAGGGGGAGUAGCAGGGGGGUUGCCGGAUGUGGCGUCGUAUAUGAGCCAGCGGCAGCAGUACGAGCUGAACGCUGCAACAAUGCUCAAGAACGAGGGCAACAAAUUGCACGGGAUGGGAAAGUACUCGGAAGCUGCAGAGAAGUAUAACAGGGCACGGGACAAUCUAGCCAUGCACUCCUCUCCAGCAGCGGUGUCGCUGCGACGCACGUGUGCAGUCAACCUCAUGUCCUGUCACCUCAAGACCAACGCCUUUGCCCAUGCUGUCUCUGUUGGCACUCAGGUAAUUUCCGAGGAUGGGUCUAACCUCAAGGCGCUGUACAGACGAGGAUUGGCUUAUAAGGAGCUCGGGCAGCUGAAAGAGGCAGCAGCUGACCUGUCUAAAGCGGCUCAGAUCUCACCAGAUGAUGAAACGCUGGCAGGCGUGCUCAGAGAAACCAAAGCAGCACUGGAAGCUACAAAGAAGAAAGUUUCUCUGGAGGAAAUCGAUGAGGGCGACGAUGCUCCUGCUGCCUCCCUGGCUGGGUCAACUGCUCCCGGUGCAGUAGUUUCCCCAUCAGCAGCAUCAGUGGCAGAAGCACAACCAGCAACGGCGGCAGCAGCAGUGGGCAGCAAUCCGCUGUUCAUCCCUCCCUCGGUGCCCACCAUGUCUCCUGAUCUCUCCGCCACCGACCCUGCUCUCGUGCGCAACAUGCAGGCGAUGAUGACGAGCAUGGAUCCAGCAGCAGUGGCGGCGCUGAGUGGCGGCGCCCUAUCCCCCGAAAUGGCCCGCACUGCAGCGCAGCUCGUCGGCUCCAUGUCCCCGGAAGACCUCCAAAAGAUGAUGCACCUUGCUUCGACCUUUAGCCAAGCUGGGGGUGGGGUUGCUGGGGGGACGGGGAGCGGGGGUGUAGGGGGAACGGGGGGACCAGGGGGCGCAGGGGGGACUGGGGGAGUGGGGGCAGGAAGAUCUGCUGGUGGCACUGGGAGCGGCGGCGGCGGCAGUGGCAGCAGAGGGAGCGGCAGUGAUGAUUCCGAUCCUGUAUUGACUCCCACAACGGGGAGCGCAAGCAGCAGAAGCACAGCUAAUGCCGCUGCUACUGCUGCUGCUCCUGCUGUUACAGAGACCACGUAUGGCAUGCCUCCAGGAUUUGGGAGAGAAGCUGAGGCAGCAGGGGGGGCAGCAGGAGGGGGGGGGUUCAGUGGAGGAGGGAUGGGAGCGGCUGGGAUGCCGGCGCCAGGUGUCGGCGGGGGAUUGGACCCGAUGCAGCUGCAGGAACGGCUGUUGAACGACCCUUCCACUGUGAAGCUGAUGAGCGACAUGAUGCAGCAGCUGAGUGCAGAGGACAUCGCCGCCAUGAGCUCUCGCAUGGGGCAGAGCAUGUCCGUGGAGCAGGCAGAGCAGGCCAAGCGCAUGAUGCAAGGGCUGGGCCCUGAGCGGCUGGCUACGGUGAUGAAAUUUGCCCAAAAGGCACAAACAGCUGCAGCAAGAUUUCAGGAGGUGGUGCGCUGGCUGCUGCAACGGCCAGUGCUUCUGGCCUCCAUCAUUAUCCUCAUUAUUGCGGUCUUCAUUCAUUACAAGGGCUGCGUCGCGGACGAUGCUCUGCUCUUCUACCGAUGCAGCAGUGAGGCAUUGGAGGUGGCGGGUCGGAACGAGCAGCUAAAGGCGGCGAUCGGAUCGCCGAUAACGCGAGGCCCUUGGUACAGCGCCACUAUCGGUACUUCUCAUGGCGGACGCGCAGCUUCCGCGACGUUCCCUGUGGAGGGACCGCAGGGCUCUGCGCUGUUUCACCUUCGCGCGAUCAGAACGCACGGCGGCAGGAGCACCCUCCUUUACAACCUUCAAUCAGACGCUAAGUGGCAGCUGUUCGUGCUUCAGGCCACUGUUGCCCCCAGAAUAGCGUUGCGAGCUGAUACUGCCGCUACUGCUGGUGCUGGGGACUUGAAAGCAAAAUCUGGUCCAUCUGUGGUGAAAGCUGCUGCAGCGGAGAGUCAAGAGGGAGAGUGCCUGCCUUGCCAAGCACGCACGCAGAGUCCAAAAGACGCGAGCUAA